GCCCGGAACUCGAGGGACGCGGCGACUGCGGGGCCCAGUCUGAGAAUCUUCCUGGAAAAAGAGACAUGAAUGAAUGUCUGCAAUGAUACUUCUUGACAAGCAGUUGAUACAGGAGAAGGAAAGAUUAACAGCAGUGAGCAGAAUUUCCAACAACCAGGAUUCUGUAUUUAUAACUUCUAAUUACAGCCUUCGGUUGCCGCUUAAAUCAGAGAUAACUACACAAGGCAAAAGGAUACUUUUCUUCUGUAUUUUUUGAAAUCAAAGAAAUUGCAAUGUCUAGGAAACAAAGCCAGAAGGAUUCAUCAGGAUUCAUUUUUGAUUUGCAGUCCAAUACUGUACUGGCUCAGGGAGGAGCUUUCGAGAACAUGAAAGAGAAGAUAAAUGCAGUGCGUGCAAUAGUUCCCAAUAAAAGCAACAAUGAAAUCAUCCUGGUUUUGCAGCACUUUGAUAAUUGUGUGGACAAAACAGUACAAGCAUUCAUGGAAGGAAGUGCCAGUGAAGUACUCAAAGAAUGGACAGUAACAGGCAAGAAAAAGAACAAAAAGAAGAAAAGCAAACCAAAACCUGCAGCAGAUGCAAGUAACAGUAUCCCAGAUUCCAGUAAAUCAGUUUCCAUUCAAGAGGAACAGUCUAUGCCUUCCUCAGAGAAAGGUGGUAUUAAUGGUUACCAUGUCAAUGGUGCCAUCAAUGAUACUGAGUCUGUGGACUCACUCAGUGAAGGUUUGGAGACACUUUCAAUAGAUGCCAGAGAACUGGAGGAUCCCGAGUCUGCCACACCAGAUAUGCUGGAUAGAACAGGAUCCAUGCAGGAGAAUGGUGUCUCUGAUUUUGGGUCCAAGUCUUUGACUAUGUACUCUAUUCAGAAUUCUCAACAAUCCAGGAAUGCUGCCAAAUCUCUCUCAAGACCUACCACAGCACCUCACUUUUCAAAUCUGGGGAUGGAAAAUGUUCCCUUCUCCUCCACCAAUAAAAAGUUAGGUUCCAAUAUUGAAAAAUCGGUAAAAGACCUCCAGCGUUGCACAGUGUCUCUUGCACGGUAUCGAGUUGUAGUUAAAGAAGAGAUGGAUGCUUCCAUUAAGAAAAUGAAACAAGCUUUUUCUGAAUUGCAGAGCUGUUUAAUGGAUCGGGAAGUGGCAUUGCUUGCUGAAAUGGACAAAGUGAAAGCUGAAGCAAUGGAAAUUUUGCUAAGCCGACAAAAGAAAGCUGAACUUCUAAAGAAGAUGACUGAUGUGGCUGUUCGAAUGUCAGAGGACCAAUUGGUUGAGCUCAGAGCUGAUAUCAAGCACUUUGUUAGUGAACGUAAAUAUGACGAGGAUCUGGGGCGAGUAGCCCGGUUCACUUGUGAUGUGGAAACCCUAAAAAAGAGCAUUGAUUCCUUUGGACAAGUGUCCCAUCCAAAGAAUAGCUACUCAACCAGAUCCCGAUGUAGCUCAGUUACAUCUGUGUCCUUGAGUAGCCCGAGUGAUGCCUCUGCUGCUUCCCCUUCCGCUUGUGCCUCUGCUCCCAGCCUUACAAGUGCUAACAAGAAAAACUCUACACCAGGAGAGACUCCUCCAGCCAUAGCAAACUCCAGUGGCCGGCCCUACCAGCCACAUCGGGAGGUAUUGCUGGGGAACAGACGAGGAGGACAAGGCUACAGGCCACAAGGCCAAAAGUCCAAUGACCCUACGAACCGAGGGCGACAUGACAAUGUGGGUCAUUACAGAAACAGCUCGUGGUAUUCAUCUGGUUCUAGGUAUCAGAGUGUUCCACCCCAGGCACCAGAAAAUACUAGUGAAUGGGGCCAGGCUCACUCUGUAGGGACCAGUGGAACUGGAGCCAGCAUGGAACCUAGUCCACCCAAGCCCUCAUUCAAAAAAGGUCUCCCCCAGCGCAAACCCAGGACCUCUCAGAUGGAAGCCGUGAACUCCUGAGGGAAAUUCCAGUGGGCCUCUCUCUUCUAUCCUACACAAUUUAACUUGAUAACUGGACUUAGGAAACUUAUAGCUAGAUUUAAUAACAGAAAGAAGUUUAUGCAUAUAACUUUUUGUGCCAUUCUAA